AUGACUGCAAGCACACGCCCAUGCCUACGGCAUGGUCUGCCGGACUGUGUCUUGGAGCGAGGCGAGGCUGUGGACAGCAAAGCGGACUUUCUCGACCACCUCCACAAUUUCAGCCUUGAGGAGAAGAAGCUACUGGACAUGCUGUCUGCACGCGGAGCUUCUUUGCCCAGCUCGCUGUCAAGCGUGCUCACGAAGGCAAGACACAUGACACGUGCGGAAGAAGCAGCGGCGUUUGCCUAUGUCACGGACCCACACCUCGCCAAAGACAUCCACAGGCUGAUGCGGGCACAAAGUUGGCCUGCACUUUUUGCUGAGCACGGACACACCGUCAAGGCACUGGUGGCAUAUGUGCGCAAAAUGGAGCAAGCCUAUGCAGCCAAAAGAACACUGUAUCGUGGCACACGACUGCCCGAAUAUCAUCUGACCGAAAAUUAUGUGGUGGGGCGCAUCAUCACCUGGCAUUCAUUUGCGAGUGUCACCAGCGAUCGUCAGCUUGCUGAGUCCUAUACUCGGCAAGAUGACCUCUUCGGUUCGUUCGGGUCCGAGGGUGUCCCCGUCAUCUUUGCGAUCCACACCAGUGCCGGCCGUGGAGCACGGCUUCCUGGAAACUCGGAGCUACUCCUGGCGCCCUUUACGUACUUCGAGGUGGUGUCCGUUGAGCGUCAGAGACUUUGGUCUGUCAUCACGCUGCAGGUGGUGAAAUUGCAGCGCUCCUGGGUCGAGACCAGCCCUCACAGACUUGUCCUGCUUCAUCCGGGAAGUAUGCCCUGGCCGUGGUCAGAAGCACCCAAAGAGGUUUUGUCGGAGCUGGAGGAGGACGCUGAAGAAGCGAUCACACGGAAGUUAGACCCGCCAGGUGCGCUGCUCCUGGCCACGUUCGUGGCUAUGAUCAAUGGCGUGCUUGUAUUGCUGCGUCUUGACCAACUUCAGGCUGGUGGCUUUUGCUGA